AUGGGCAAAAGUGAAGACAAAGAACAAAGCGAAUCAUCUAUCUCAGUUAACCCAGAUAACUCAGGUCCACCUCCGAAUAAUAAUCCAGGGUAUACUUAUCCUGUAGGAGCGCCUAUUGCGGAGUACCCUUAUGUUGCCAAUGGAAAUCAAAACUACCCUCCUCAAGCUGACCCAUCUUGCUAUCCUAAUCAACAGCUAGCUCCAAUGUACAUAGGCAGCGCAGUCGUAGUAGACCAGCCUCCUAUGCAGGCACAAAAUAUUCCUAUUCAAUUUGGACGUAAGCCCGUCACAAUGGUAUGCCCACAGUGUCAUGAGAUGAUGAAUACAGUGAUAAAGAGAAGGCCAGGACUGUUCGUUUUUCUACUAGUGGUGCUUUUGGUCGUAGUCUUUUGGCCUGCGUUUUUUGUUCCUUUCUUCUUUAUCUGCUGGUAUGAUGUUUACCAUAACUGUGGCAAGUGCAAAAUGUCUCUUGGGUCGAAAAAGAUACUUGGAGGAUAG